UCUCACUUUCUCUUUUUACUUUAUUUCGUCUCAUAUUGCUUUGAUAAAAUAUUCAAAAUUUUAAUUUGUGCAUUUGUGCAAUUUGCGGUUCUAAUUAGCAAGCGACAAAUGCCCUAUCAUCCGAAAUGGUAUAGGCUCUCGUUUUGUGACUCGUUGACCUCCCCCAACGACUAUGUCAUUCGCAAGAUAUCCAACGGCAGCCACGAAGUGAGACAAGCCUUCAAGUACACUGAGACCUUCUUUGAAGUGCCCACCUCGAGUGUAGCCCCUUCGCCAAAGAAGGUCAGACGGCCGAGAGCGAAGAAAAGCAAACCAAAAGCCGAAAAGCCUAACGAGGUUCUGGAGGAAGACGAGCGAUUCGAGAUCAAGCAAUGUCCAGCGUUAAAUCGAUUCGAGCGAGAACUGCGUUAUCGUGAGCUGAAGCGCUACUAUGCCAAACUAAUUGAGUCGGAGCGAAGCGCGGAUAAAACAUACGCCCGAACGUGUCCCAACUGCGGCUUGGUUAAGUCUCGUAAGGUCCACAAGGACAUCAGCAAAAAUGUGUACUGUUCGGGUCCAGACACGAUGCUGCAGAAUGAAAACCGGGCAAUCUAGCUGAAAUCUCAAGGACGCUACCCAGGAGUUGACUCCGAUGGUAAUGCCAUUCCUUCACUUGAGAGUGUCGAUUGAGUUGGCAAUGCGUAGAAGUUGCUGCUCAAACUACGCUCUCAACUGAGGGAGGCUGUGGAGAUCUCCAAUUUGUGAUAAAGCCAUGCCAAAGAAGGUGCAGCUGCUAUCAUUCUUUCACUUCAGAGUAUAGAUCGAGAGAGCAUGUCAAGGAAACUACUCUCUCCAAUCAUACUCUCAGCUGAGAGAUUGACAAGGCAGCUGACGAGCCUGACCUUCCAUAAUUUUCAAGGUCAAAGAAGUGGUUGCUCCCAAUACACUCCCACUGUUCAGCAGGACGCUGCUCUGUAGCCAUUCCUUCCCUUCAGAGUAUAGUUCGAGAGAGCAGAUAGUUGCUCUCCCCAGCUAUGCUCGCAUGUGAGAGAAUGGAUCUACAGAGUGCCCUUCCCACGAGUGGUUAGCACCAUCUUGGGCAUAUAAUCGUGG